AGCCAUGUUGGAAUAAAUGUAAAGCAAAUACAGUCUGCAACAAAAAUACAUUCAGAUGUUACUGUAAACCAGGAUGCAGCGGAAACCCAUAUAGCGGCUGCUCACCACCUUUAAGCAAAUUCCAAUUUGCACGAUCAAGUUACUCGGUCAGCGAGAGCGCCGGAGUCGCGAAGCUCCAGAUAGAUAGGAUAUCUGGAGUGUCCGGGAGAGUCACACUGUACUGGAAAUCGACUUCAAUAUCGGCUAAACUAAACAGCGACUACAAAGGUGCUUCCGGAACAAUUACCUUUGAAAGUAAUGAAAAAUGGAAGUCCAUCCAAAUUCCAAUCGUUAAUGAUAAGUUCUACGAAAACACUGAAACGUUCAAAGUAACCUUAACAUCAGCAAGUUCUGGAGGGCAAGUUGGACCGCGUCGGGAAACAGUUGUAACAAUUAGGGAUGAUGAUCUACCUGGCAAAUUCCAAUUUGCCCGAUCAAGUUACGUGGUGAACGAGAACGUCGGUUCAGUGAAAUUGCAGAUCGAUAGAAUAUCCGGAUCACUCAAUCAAGUCACUUUGUACUGGAAAUCCACUGGUAUAUCGGCUACACUUAACAGCGACUACAAAGGUGCUUCUGGAUCUAUAACAUUUGGUGUUGGUGAAAAAUGGAAAUCCAUCGUUAUUCCCAUCGUUAACAAUCAGGUUUUUGAGCAAACAGAAACGUUCAAAGUAACCUUAACAUCAGCAAGUACUGGAGGAGAAGUAGGCCCCCGUCGGGACACAGUUGUAACGAUUAAGGAUGAUGAUCCACCAAGCAAAUUCCAAUUCGCCCGAUCAAGUUACGCUGUAGGCGAGAGUGCCGGAGUGGUAAAAUUACAGGUCGAUAGAAUAUCCGGAGGACUUCAUAAAGUCACUUUGAACUGGAAAUCCACUGGUGUAACGGCUACACUAAACAGCGACUACAAAGGUGCAUCUGGGUCGGUAACAUUUGGAGUUGGUGAAAAAUGGAAAUUCAUCGAAAUUCCAAUCGUAAACGACCAGAUUUAUGAACAAGUUGAAACUUUCAAAGUGACCUUAACAUCAGCCAGUGCUGGAGGAGAAGUAGGGCCCCGUCGGGAAACAGUUGUUACGAUUAAGGAUGAUGAUUUGCCGUGUGGAGGAAAGUGCAAGUAUUAUUCAAACUCCUAUUGUAAUCUCAAAACCAACAAAUGUGUUUGUAAGCAGAACUUCUACGGAAAUCCGUACAUUGGAGGAUGCCGAUGCGGCGGUGGCGGAGGAGGAGGAGGCUACUAGUCUUGAUGGUUUCAUUUGAUCUGUGUCAUAUUUCAAAGUGCACUAGAAAACACUGUAAAUGCCAAUAAAAAUGGAGCAUUA